CAACAUGGUGAAGAAGGAAUCAGCUGAUGAACACCAUCAAUCCAUGGCUGCAUCAACCAAGAAGAAGUACAAGGGUGUUAGAAUGAGAAGCUGGGGCUCAUGGGUUUCUGAAAUCCGAGCUCCGAAUCAAAAGACGAGAAUUUGGUUAGGUUCGUAUUCGACUGCGGAGGCAGCUGCUCGAGCUUACGACGCUGCCCUCUUCUGUCUCAAAGGCUCCUCCGCCAAUCUCAAUUUUCCGAUCUCGUCUUCUUCGUUUGCACAUUUUCAUAAUCUCUCCUCUCAUCAUAAUGUUAUGUCUCCUAAGUUCAUUCAAAGGUUUGCUGCGGAAGCUGCUGCGAAUACCGCCUUUGAAAUCGAUGAUACUACGAGAUAUACUGAUGUCCCACCGUCGUCAUUGUCGUCGCCGCCUUCCUCAUCUUCUUCUUCUUCCUCUGUCGAAUCGACGAUGUCGAAUUAUGAUUCGUUUAUGACGACGGAGCCGUCGUGGUUCAACUUUGAUGAUAUAUUGUCCCCUAAGUACGUUGGGCAAAUGAUGGAUGGAACUAUAUUUGAUCCGCCAAUUAUGGAUGAUUUUUAUGAAGAAAGUGAUGUUAGUUUAUGGAGCUUCUCCUGAAAUUUUUCUUUUAAUUUCGUAAAAUUACUGACAAAAGAAAAGGUUUUGAUGUAUUUACAUACAUAGAUUAAGCCCACAGAUUAUUUUUCUGGGUCGGUCGAUUUUUUAUUUUCCUAUGUUGUUGUUGU